AUGUCUUUAGGGCGCUCCCCCGGCAGGGAGACCCACGGCCCCGGGGUGCACAUGCACGUGCCUGACGGAGUGCCAUCGGACUGCUCCUCGGAGGGCCUGGGCCAUGACCCCUGGCCGUCGGGGCGCCAGUACCUCCAGGCCUACAGCCUCUCAGGCUGUCUGGCCUCCUGCUCUCUCCCAUCGAGGCUGCACACAGGUGUGCAAGGUGCCUCUGGGAAGCCCCAGGGCACAGUAGCCAGGGCACACGUUGGCCAAGUCCUCACGUCCAUCCACACCAAGCUGCGGAACAAGGAGCAGGUGACCGAGGCCCACACAGGGUUCAGGUUCCCUGGCCGCCAGCAGGUCCGCGUCUCCAAGAAGUGGGGCUUUACGAAGUUUAAUGUGGACAAGUUUGAAGAUAUGGUGGCUGAAAAGCGGCUCAUCGCAGUUGGCUGUGGGGUCAAAUACAUCCCUAAUCGUGGCCCCUUGGACAAAUGGAGGGCUCUGCACUCAUGAGAACCUUGCGCCACCCGAACCCUAUUCAUGCCCACCAAUAAAUCCUGCUUCCUGUCAA